AUGGCAUCCCAAGAGAUUCCCUCCUCGGGCAACUCGACCGCCGUUGAGCUCAAGGAGAACACCUCCAUCGUCGUACUCGGUGCAUCCGGCGAUCUCGCCAAGAAGAAGACCUUUCCUGCUCUCUUUGGCCUCUUCUUCAACGGAUUCCUGCCGCCCAACCUUCAGAUCGUCGGCUAUGCCCGCACCAAGAUGGACGAGGAGGAGUUCCACAAGCGCGUGGUGCAGUACAUCAAGACGCCGAUACCUCAGAUGAAGUCAAAGCUCAAGGAGUUCCUAGAGCUAUGUACCUAUGUCUCCGGACAGUACGACACCGACGAGGGCUUCCAGGACCUCGAGAAACACCUCGCCGAACGCGAGAAGGCAGCCUAUCCAGAUGCAAAGACGAAGAAUCGCGUCUUUUACAUGGCGUUACCCCCAUCGGUCUUCACCGUCGUCGCAGAGGGCCUCAAGAAGAACAACUAUCUCAAGGACGGCAUUAACCGGAUCGUCGUCGAGAAGCCCUUUGGAAAGGAUCUCGAGAGCUCGCGCGAGAUGAUGGGCAAGCUCAAGAAGCUCUGGCAGGAAGAUGAGACGUUCCGAAUCGAUCACUAUCUGGGCAAAGAGAUGGUCAAGAACUUGCUCAUCCUGCGCUUCGGCAAUCCUGUGCUGGACAACUCGUUCAACAAGAAUCUCAUUUCAAACGUUCAGAUCACGUUCAAGGAGCCCUUUGGCACCGAGGGACGAGGCGGAUACUUUGACGAGUUUGGCAUCAUCCGUGAUGUCAUGCAGAAUCAUCUAUUGCAGGUCCUCAGCAUUCUCACCAUGGAGCGACCGGUCUCUUUCUCUGCCGAGGACAUCCGCGACGAGAAGGUCAAAGUGUUGCGUUUCAUCCCGCCGAUCAAGAUGGAAGAAGCCUUGCUCGGCCAGUAUUCCGCCAAGGGCGACAAACCAGGCUACAAGGACGACGACACGGUUCCGAAAGACUCUGUCAGUCCAACCUUUGCCGCGCUUGUGCUUCAUAUCAACUCGCCUAAAUGGGAAGGCGUACCCUUUGUGCUCAAGGCCGGCAAAGCUCUGAACGAGCAAAAGACGGAGAUCAGGAUCCAGUACAAGGACGUCACGCAGGGCAUCUUCAAAGAUAUUGCACGGAACGAGCUCGUCAUCCGGGUCCAGCCCGGCGAAUCGGUCUACAUGAAGAUGAACGCCAAGGCGCCCGGCUUGCAAAUGCGAACAGUCGCCACCGAGAUGGAUCUGACCUACAAGCGAAGAUUCAGCGAUCUCAAGAUCCCUGAAGCCUAUGAAGCUCUCAUCCUCGACGCGUUCAAGGGCGAUCACAGCAACUUUGUGCGCGACGACGAACUCGACAUUGCCUGGAAGAUCUUCACGCCCAUCUUGCAUCAAAUUGAGAAUGACAAGCCUACGCCGAAGAGCUACGAGUAUGGUAGCCGAGGACCGGCAGAGCUCGACGACUUUAUCACCAAGCACGUUGGCUAUACGCGAGCAAACUACCAAUGGCCAACAGUCGAUGCUGGCAAACUCUAG